CCCCAAACCCCUACAGAGCACCAAACCAGAUUGAAACUUCAACAAGAUGCAUAAAUUAGUGGUGGUUGCAGCGUUGGUUGUCGGCGCCUUGGCAUUGCCAAUAAAGAGAGAAGAUGACUACAAUCACUGGGUAGACGCCUAUGGCGCUGACAACGAAGAUGUGGCGGGACUCAGCGAGGAACAUUUUCAGCAUUACAGACUGCUCCUGCUGAGAGACCUUGGAGGCCUGGACUAUAUCGUCUCAAGCCUUCUUAACCCUUAUCUUCAUGAGGAACUAAAGAAUAGCUACGGACAUAUAGUUUUGAGUUCAAUUCAUUGGUUUAUACAUGUUGCUGGAACGACUGAAAAGGAUUUAGAUUCAGAGAGCAAACCCCAGGAAAAAGGCUGUGAAGACAAAUCCAGUUUUCCUCAGACUAGGAAGGACUGUGACGGGUUGUUUGGACACAUCCUCUGGAAUAUGAGAGAGACUAUAAAAGAAGCUGCCUCGGUCUUAAAUGAUCCAAAGGAUUCAAGACAAGGGAAGCUCAAAGCAGUGAAGACAUUUGUGGACAAAAUUGCUGACAAAGGACCUUGUGUCCUCGAAUUAGCAGUACACUGCUAUAUGAAAGACGAAGUGGCCAGAGAGAUGAGUGGGAAUGAAUCACCGGUGGAGAAAGCAAACAGAUGGACAAUGGGGGAAAAGUGAUAAUGAGACCAAACACGAAACUCCUUCUGGAAAAUACAGAUACAAUACCAUUAUUGCACAAUGGAAAACCGACCGGACUGUCAAUGGACUUUCUUUAUCAUAAUAUAUCUCCCUUUUUUAAUUUUUUUCCCUCAAAAAUGCUAUAAUAAGCACUAAUUUGAUUUUUCUUGAUUGUUUUGAAUAAAAAAGUUACCUUU